ACUCUUGUUUUUCUUUUUCUUUUUGGGGGCAGAGAGAGAGAAAAAUAAAAUAAUAAAAAAGAGAGAAAUUAGAAAGGUAGAAGUUUGUAACCCUAACUCUCCAAAUUCCCAUCCGUAGAGUUGGCUGCGAUUAUAAGGAAAUUCAUCCACAGCAUCAAUUCAAUUUACUGUUCGAGGAAACAAAUUGAAGGAUUUUUUCGACGAUUCUAAUUAAUUGAAGGUUUGUUCAGGACUAUCUGUACUAUAUAUUAACAUAUAUUACUCUGCUGUUGGCGUAUCUCGAAACGAUUCUAGAUGAGGCUAUUAACCCACAAUAUGCUAUCUUCAAACAUAAAAGGGGUUGAAAAUGGGUUUCCUUUAAAAAUAGAGGCGGAGAAGGUAGUGGAGAAGGAGGUCGACAUGAAUACCGACUUCCUUAAGAACAUAUUCACCAAGAUUGAGUGGAAGCCCUUUGUUGAAGCUGCUAAGACCUUGGGAUUUUCUGAACUUCCUGAAGAUGUUGACCCUUCUUUACUUGAUUCCCAAGAUUUUCUCACCAAGUUCCAUCAUGCCCUCCUUGAGAUUCACCUCGAAGAAGGCGCCCUUGUUUGUCCGGAAACUGGCCGCAAGUUUCCUGUCAGUAAAGGUAUCCCUAAUAUGCUUCUUCAUGAGGACGAAGUUUAAAGUUUUCAGAAUUUUGAUCUGAUUGUCUGUUAUUUUUCCUUUGCUUCCCCCUCUCAAGUCCAAGAAAAUAGAGGAUGGUUUUUAGAAGAGAUUGAUAAUUAGGAACUUGUUGUGCUGGAUCUAUUGUUAGUUCUUAGAUGAAAUGUCUCAAUGAAGUUGUCGAUUUUACUAUGCUUUUUUUCGACUAUAUAUUAUUUCAAUGCUUUCUGUUUAUUAUGA